AUGGUGACCAAGGAGCAGUACCAGGACCUGCUGACCAGGUUCCAGGAACUGCAAGCCAUCCUUGAGAGCAAAAUCCAAAACCCACCACCUGCACCCACACCCGCGCCCACACCCACACCCAAACCCAAACCCAAAGCACCCAAGGUCACCCCACCCACUGCCUUUGCUGGUGCAAGCAAGGAAUGCGGGAUCUACUUCCAUGUCCGCACAGCAGAGUUCCCUGACACUCUGUCCCAGAUCCUCUUCGUCUUAUCGUACAUGAAAGGAGGAGCCAUGGGAGCAUGGGUGACACAGCACAUGAUCAUGCUGCUGAUGGUGGGAUCCCCUGCAAUCACUAUGGAUGAAUUCAUGGCAGAGCUCAAUGCCAUGUUCCAAGACCCCAACCGCGAAGCCACCACCCAACACAAGCUCGUCACCUUGCAGCAAGGUAAUGACUCCAUGGAUAGGAUCAUCCAGGAGUUUGAGAUCCAUGGCCCCCCCUCACAGCUAGGUGAUCACCUGGACCACAGCACAGUAUCGGCACUGUUGCCACUAUCCUUUCUUUCUCCCUCAUUCCGACCUGAUCCAGAUGCUACCCCCAGGUCCCUAUUAUAUGUCUGGGCAGCUCUCGUGCCUGGUUACACCGCAUUACCAUCCCUCACUGCGGUCACCAUUUCAGCACUGUUAGACUCUGGUGUGACUGGGAACUUCAUAAGCCCAGACUUCAUCCAGAAACACAGGCUUGAGACAACCCCACUCCCCCAGCCCAUCCCAGUGUGCAAUGUAGAUGGAACACCAAACAAGAAUGGGGCCAUCACUGAAGAGCUGGAAGCCCUGUUGACAUUUGGCCAACACACAGAGUGGGCCCGCUUUGCUGUGAGGUCAACUGGGCAUGGCAGAAGGUCAUCAUGUCUCGUUGCCCCUCCUCCUGCUGGUCGCUGCAAGCAACCCCCAAGCAGACCCCUGAAGUGGAGCCUGGGGAUGGGAUCUACAUGCCAUAAUCCUGCCACAGUGGGGACACGACCUGAGGGUGACAACCACGCCAUCCCAACACCUAGCAGAGGAAGCCCAAGACAUGGAGGUGAAACUGCUGAUGCUGGAAGAGCUGGUGCCUGA